UAACUUGACAACCCAUUUAGCGCAGCAGUCGACGGAGAAGCAGGUUUUUUAUUGUGGCCAGGAUUGAGUUUACAGUUUGUGCUGUUAUAUAAUUUCGCGUUUGUUGGGUGUCUCGGCGGCGUGAACCUUCUCUGUUGUUGGCUUCUAGCCGUUCAAAUCGGAAUGGCCGAAACGAACGCUCGAUAUCAGCAGCUGCCCAAUGAGGAGGACCCAGAAGGGAGCCCACAGGUAGCAGCAGAUGCUCCUCCACCAUACAGCAGCAUCGCAGUGGAUAAUGCUGCCUACUUUGACUACAAGGAGGACGGGGUUUUCCCCAAGCCUCCAUCAUACAAUGUGGCGACAACGUUACCUUCCUAUGAUGAAGCAGAACGAACCAAGGCAGAGACUGCUGUUCCCCUGGUAACCGGAAGAGAGGAAGACUUUGUGACCAGAGACGACUUUGAAGAUGCCGAUCAGCUGAGGAUAGGAAAUGACGGCAUCUUCAUGCUCACUUUUUUCAUGGCAUUCCUGUUCAACUGGAUUGGUUUCUUCCUGUCUUUUUGUCUGACCACCUCAGCAGCCGGCCGCUACGGGGCCAUCUCAGGCUUCGGCCUCUCCCUCAUCAAAUGGAUCCUCAUCGUCAGGUUCUCCACAUACUUCCCUGGUUACUUUGAUGGACAGUACUGGCUGUGGUGGGUGUUCCUGGUGUUGGGCUUUUUGCUCUUCCUUCGAGGAUUCAUCAACUAUGCCAGAAUCCGCAAGAUGGCUGAGACCUUGUCCACUCUGCCCCGCACCCGAGUCCUCUUUAUCUAUUGAGGUCACAGUCCAUCAUUUUCCAUCAUUACUUUCCCCCCUUUUUUUUUAGUGAGACAUACUGUCUGGCUUUAUCCAAUCAAAAAGGGAGAAAAGAACUUUCCCCCCCCCCAAUGCUUGACAUGAUUUGGACAAUACAGUGUCUAUUGUCCCCUCUUGGUGUGAAAUAGUGAAUGCUGAGAAAUCUGUGAAACCCUUCACUUAUUUGUGGUGAACUGUCAAGUGCUAUUUACAGUUAUGAAUUGUGUGAUGUAUAAAUUAAUGCCUUAUUUACUGUUUCACGAUAUGUCAGCAGUGACAUGCGCGGUUUUCCCGUUUAACCACCAGGGGGCAGUCUUGUCUGUGUUUUCUGUCACCUGUCUCCUGUCUGAUGAAAUCAUUCGGUUCUCAGCCUUGGGAUUCAUAGGUAAUUUUGGGGUUAUGGGCUAAUUCAUGCAAUGGAAAAUAAUAUACUUCCAGAACCAAUAUAGUGUGUUUUAAACCUUUCUGACUAAUAUUUUUGACCCUUAUGGAAUAGUACAUAAUUCAGGUAAUAAGAAGACUGAGGAGACUGAAAAGGGAAAAUGACCUUUUUGAGGUUCACAGAGAAGAGGUUGAGGAUCACUUCUAUAGAAUAUCUGGGGCUGGGUUUCCCCUGAAGCAUGCUUUUCCUCAUUUAUUUAAGAAUUGCCCAUGCUUACACACACACACACACACACACACACACACACACACUGUAAUCAGGAAUAAGUUUGCUUGUGUAUGAUAUAUAUUUCUGUCACCUGAGAGGUAAACUGCAGGGAUGUGCAGAGGAGUCAGGAAGAGGCUGAGGAUCACUGCCUCGCUCCAGGAUAUAGUGAUUGGGAUGGAAUAAUGUGAUGAUCUGCCACUGGUUUCAGAUAUGCAAUUUGAUGGUUCUGGUUAAAUAAAUGAUUCCGACGCCCUGACUUUGUUGCUCGCACUCCAUUGGUUUCCAGUAAGGGAAAAAAAUAUUGAAUUACCAGAUGUGAUUUGGAAACCCUGCCCUAUGAAGAACAAGAAAUGCACUCCUACAGAGGAGAGAGUUUUUUUUUUUUUUUUUGGUGUUGCAGUUAAGUAUUAGGAGUAUUUCUUUUUAUUUCCCCUCAUUCUAGUGGAAUUGGAUUGAUUAUAUUUUAUUGCAAGUAUUUACUUAUCUUGCUUGGAAAAUGGAAUUAAAGUGGGAAAAAUCA